AUGAAGAGGAAAGUUGCAAAAGCUGGGAAAUUGAGGCUUAGUCCUAAUGAGGAAACCAUGCUGCUGAAAGAAGAAUAUGAAAGAAGAAGAAAACUGAGGCUACAGCAAGUUAGGGAGCAACAGAAGUAUAUCGCCUUGCAGAUAAGACAGAAGGUAAAGCAGAGAAGAGAAGAACAACUACAUCAGUUAGAGGAGGCACUGAGAGCUGAAUGGCAGAAAGCACAGGAUGAAAAGAUGAAAGCCUUAGAAAAACUGUAUUUGUCAAGCUUAAGAGCGAUUGGUGAGGGCCACCGACAAGCCAAGGAGAAUGAACCUGACUUAGAAGCUUUGGCAAAGCAAGCAGAGGAAAGGAAACAAAGAGCAGAGAUGAGACAUAGGAAAGCCCUGAAAGAGCAGAAGUGCCAAAAAGAAAAAUUACUUCGUGAGCAAGCCCGACGAACAAACGCACGUAAACAUGCUCUGGAGGUGGAAAGACAAAGAGCAGCCAAAGUUGCGAGCCUGCCGCCUCCUCCGCCACGACCUCUCGAGAAUUUUGAAGUGAAGAAGACUCCUGCAGUGAAGACCUAUAGCGCUGACAACUUCUCUGUUACGCGUUACCACGUUUUUGAGCCUUACGUGGACAAGGAAGUAGAUGGAGAGCAGCCAGAUGCUCGGUUAGCUGCUGCGGAAGAAGGGAAACGUUUGGAGGAACGGCACAGAGAGGCAGAGAGGGAGAGAAGAGAGCAGCUUGAAAAGGCACAACUCAGAGGAAGUCACGCUUUGAAGAAGGUCCAUUUGGCCCAGGACAGGGAAAGGCUACUGAAGGAGCUUGAGCAGAUGCAGAAUAUGGAUCGGUUGCGCAGAGGGCAGAUUCUAGCCCAGAUGCCACCUCAACCUUUUGUGCCCCCAUACAGACGCUUGGAGAUAAAAGAAGAAUGGCAGAGAGAAUUGGAGGUUGCGUUUGAAGAUAUGUGCAGCGAGGACAGGAAAAUGAAAGGAGACCUGAUUUUGCGGUUUGAGCCACAGCCUUUGCCGGCCCCUUCUGAUCGAUGUCAGGAUAAUGAUCUUGAUAUCUCUUUGGAGCAGGAAUCUGCUUGUCAUACUCUGCAAGAAUCAGAACAGAUGGUACAAGAGGAGGUCCCCAGUGAAUCAGAAAAUCAUGUAGAAGCAAAAACUCGCCAACCUCAGUCAAAACUUGCCUUAAAGAAAUUGCUGAACAAAAUCAGAAGCCAAAAAGAGGAGUGGACGUCAAAAAGCGAGAAAGAGAUUCAAAGUGAAGUUGAGACUAUUGAAUCAGGCACAAUUGCUAGUGGAGAGAGACCACUGUGUGAUUUAGAACUUAACUGUGAGCAACAGAAAAAUACAGUGUGUGAAGCCCAAGACUCUGUGAAAAUGUUGGAAAAGACAGUUGCAGCUGAAAAUUCAGUUCUAAUCCAUCCUCAAGAACAAGCAGCUAAAAUCAGAAUGGAAGAGCAGAGACAAAAGUGGGUAAGUCAAAUAGAGCAACAGAAACAGGAACAGCUGGCCUUGCUUAAACAAAUUGAAGCAGAGCGAGCACAUUUGGAGGCUGAUUUUCUGAGGAUACAAAUGCAAACCUGCUUGGAGGAGGCUAAGAACAAAAAAGAGGAGGAAGAACAAGGUCAGCUGCUACAACACCACAGUGUUCCUUCUACAGAUCGGCAGAGCGAAGUGGAACAUGAGACUGGAAAUGCUACUGUAUCAGAAACCAGGAGCCCUAGAGAAGACAGCCAUUUACAGGUGAUCCGUAGUUAUCAACAACGCCUUCUACAGCAAAAUAGGCUGCACAAACAGACCGUUGAAGAAGCCAGAAAGCAUCUACAGGAGUAUCAGAAUAAAUUGAAGCAAAGGUACUUGUCUGCUUCUGCAACGCCUCUGAACUCUGUGGAAACAAAAGCAAUUAAUUUAAAGCCUGUCUCAGAACCACUUCUGCAGAGGCAAGGAGUGCAACCGAGACAAUACCAGUCACCUGAAGGAGUUCAUGCACAGUCACUACCUGUGUUUCCAGGAACAUUGCCUACGUUGGAAAAAACAUCUUCACAGAAACCUGAAGAGCAAACGCAGAACAUGGAUCCUGACAGACACGCACAGUUUUUACAAGUUCCAAACUUGAAGCAUGGAGAGUUUCACUUGCCAUGUGGCUGUCCUUCACAGGAACCAGUGGGAGUGUUGGAAACCUCCAAUAACCACGUUGGCGAACCAUCUCCGUUCCAGUUCACAUCGGGAUUAGUCACGGAAGAUGUCGCUGCAGUAAGAGCUCAACCAGAAGCACGUGUACAACACGUUAGAUUUGUUUUGCCUCCAGAAGAUCUCUCUGAGUCUUCAGAAACAGCACACUUCACAGAGUUGUCUCAGAAGGUGUCUAACCAUCAAACAGAGACAGAAACUGGAGAAGAGCCUCCACAUAAGACACCUCUCAUGCCAGCAACAAAGGGGUCUCCUACAGUUCACAUGGCAUCAGUUGGCCCUUUGGCUUACCAGCAGGGAUCUGCAGAGAGCACCAUUGAAACAAGCCUCGAACAACCCCUCCGUCUUUCUGAACCCAUGACUUUAUCUCAUGAAGAAUCUGAAGCCCGAGGUAUUGAGGAAUUCUUGGUAUCGAAACCAGGAGAUGCUUCUUUAUUAAAUUAUUCUGGUAUACUGAAUUUAAGGGACAGAGUGUUGGCCACAUCGGAGAGUAUCCAAGCUCAGCAAAAGUAUUUGAAAGAAUUGCAAGAGCAGUUAGAUGCACGAAGAGAAGCUCUUCUUUCUAGGCAGAAAAUCCAAGAACAACUACUUUUGGAGGAGCAAGAUAAACUGAAGGAACAGAUGCAGAGGCAGCAAGAGGCUUUGAAAGAGCUUCUGAACAAGCAGGCAAGACGUGUCUGCACAAAUGAAGAAAUAGCACAGAAGCCUGACUGGAUUAACAGGAUUGACUUUGCCCAAGUCUCAGGAAACUACCAGCAAGAGAAUUGCGACUGGAGGAAAGCUCAAGGGAUUGAUAUGAUUUCACCAUCCGUCAGUCCAGUGGAACAAACUAACCAAACUGAGACAGUUCUAUGCAGAGAACAGAAACGGAGAUCUUCCAAACCACCUGUGGCAAAAGUCAAGUUAGGGCUUGAUUUGGAACAACAUGAGCUUAGUGUUAUACCAGAGGUAGACACACCGAAGAGUUGCAACGUUUCUUUUGCAGACAAAACAGGUUCUGUUGGUGGAGGGUCUUCUCCCAUUUCAACAAUUGGGGAGUUUUUGCAUGCGAAACGUUACCGUCGUGCCCUUCCUGAGGCAGGCAGCUUUCAUUGCAGCACAGCCAGCUGUGACCAACAGCUCUCUGGUGGAAGUCCGAGGCAAAGUAAAGAGUCAAGUAGAUUGUUACGAGAGGUGCUGCUGCUGACGGCUGAAAACUCAUGUGAUUCAGGCCAGUCCCAGGAUUCUCAAGUGGCUCAAGAUUUACCAGUUCUUGCUGCUGGAAUUGGAGAGGAAAUUACACCACGUUCUGGACCGUCAUUCAGACUUGAUAAUACGGAAGUACUUUCCAAAGUAGGAUCCAUGAACUUUGGGCCAGAGGCUUUUGCGCAAGGAAUACCCUGGGACUUAUCUUCAACAAUUUCCACUGGAAGUUUUUCAACUGGUGAAACGUUGGAUGCCAGCCCUGUUGACACUGGAUUAUCUUCUGAUGGUGCGGAAGGUGGAAUUUUGAGAGAAGCAGCAAGCUGCUCUUGGAACUCCUCACCACCUCAUACCUUGCAGCAAAGGAAAGAGAACUCGGCUGGAGCAUCUGAAACUCGGUUGCCUGAAGCAGAGAUGUACCCUUAUAAAGGAAGUCAGAUACAGCAGAUCUUGGGGAAACAUACCACAGGCUUGAACUCUUACUCAGAGGGCAAGACGCUUUUCCAAGCUCUAGCAGCUGAACCUGAUUUUCCUGAAACGGAGAGACAUUUUCUGACCUUCCAUCACCAGCUCUUUCAGCCUUUGAAACCAAGUCUUGACUCUGAUACUUCAUCGUCCUGUUCUCAAUACAGAGCCUCCCAAGACAGUAGAAAAUUUAGCAAGACUUCAAAAUUUUCAAUGCAAAGUCAAGACGUGUCUGCGUUUCUUGAAGUGGGAAGCUCCAGUGUGGGUAUAGGAAGGAGCAGUCUGCCUCCUAGUCCUGAACCAAACACCAUCACGUCGGAGGAGGAGUCUGUUAAAGAACACGUUACGCCAGGAUCUGAAGAAUCUUUUCACCCACUGCAAUUAGAAUCUACACUGAGCGAUUACUGUUCGAACGCUGAUCAGGCAGCAGACCUUAAGGUGAUGCUACAGAGAUCUUUUGAACAGACCCCUGGGAUUAAAAAACGGGGCAACGAGAGCUGUGUUUCAUCUGCCAGAGAAUACGAAGAACUGGCGAGAAAUAUGGAAUGUAUUCAUCUCCAGUGGUCAGCGGAAGAACUGCAAACUGAAAGUCCAAACCCACUGAAAGAGCAAAAAUCAUUUCACCAGCGAAAUACCACACCAGUUACAGUGGAUGAAACUUUCCCUCAACACUUACUAAAAGAGGCUGUGUCUUCCGAAAAAUCACCUCUGGAGGCAUUUGAUAAGGAGUAUGUGAAGCUUCCUGAAAUACCAGUUCAUGCAGAUGAAGCAAAUAAAGCUGUGAAGAUGGAUCCUCGGUGUGAUACAAAUAUAAAGGAGCCAGAUCAAAGCUUGCCAGGCAGACAGAAAUCUUCGAGGGUUCCCAGAGAAACCAACUUGGAAGACUCAGACAUCCAUUCACGUGCUGUCGCACAACAGAAUGUCUCUUUCCUGGAAAGACAUGAAAAACAUUCCAGUUCUGUGUCCAGAAGCUCAUGUCGUAUUCCAGUCUGGGAGACCGCAUCGGGGCGUGGUAUCAUGGAAGAACCUGAACUCACUCUCCUAAGCUCAAAUGACAUCAGUCUUGCAGAAUCAGACACUGAACGCACAAACCAAGAGAAGAUGAAAGAUGGUGAAAUCAGUGACCUGUCGUGUGUGGAUCGGUCUGAAUUUAAUGGUUUUUCUGAGGAGAAAGAAUUUGUACUGCUCACGCCAGAUGCCGAUUAUUCAGUGUGUGUGAGGCCUGAGAGUUCUUCUGAAGCCCCGAGUUCCAAUGACAGUCACUCUCUGUCACAUGAGACUGCAGCGAUGCUGCUGGACUUUGCAUCUACCGCUGGAAGUUUGCAAGAAUCUUUUUUAAAAAGAAAGAAGUGCUUUAUCCAGAAAUCUCUGAAAAGAGUAGAAGAAAUAAAAAGUAAAGAGAGAGAAAGCAAAAAGCCAGAAGCCAGACCAUUUCAAAGAGAAAAGUCUGAAAAAAAAAGCAGGCAAAAGGGGUCUCUUCUUAUCCCUGGAAGAAAAGGUGCAGUUGUCAACCAGCUGAAGAAAGUAGGAGAAGUGAAAGCGUCUUCUCCAGAGGACAGGAAGGCUGGAGAAAUUGAAAUGCACCAGCGGACUUCAAGACUCUGUAAUCAGCUUGCAGAAGUAAAAAUCAAAAGGCAAGAAAAAACAAGGCAUGAAACUUAUGCUAAGAACAGAGAAAAGGCCAAAGAGUUUCAAAAGAAAAUGCUGGAAAAACUCCGAGCCAAGAAGCCCUGGAAAGGCCCAUGA